AUGGGCUCCAGACAACCUGCCGAGCAAGUCGGCCGCCCCCGUCGGCCUCUCAAUGAAGUCAACCCCAAUGAGGGGGAGACACUACAGAUAUUGAGAGAUAUGGGACUCAAUAAGAACAUUGUCGUCACUGAGGCCCCAACAGAACCCUUUCAACUUACCUUCGUCGAUGUCACGUGCCUGGUGAUAAACCGAAUGAUAGGGACCGGAAUCUUCGACAGCCCCAGGACAGUGAUGCGGGGUGUCCGGAGCCCGGGCAUUGCAAUUCUCUUCUGGCUCUGCGGCUGCGUCUAUGCCCUCUCAGGAGCUCACGUCUACGUCGAGUAUGGGCUGAACGUACCUCGAUAUGUAAUCGACGGUAUCGAGCAAUCUGUCCCACGAUCGGGAGGCGACCUCCACUAUCUCCAAUACGUUUUUCCUUGGCCGCGGUACAAGAAGGGCAUAGUGAUGCUUAGCGGUGUCUUAUAUGGUAUCAGCUUCAUUUGCAUUGGAAAUAUGGCCGGCAAUUGCAUCAACUGCGCUCUGCGCAUUGUUGAGGCCGCUAAUCCACGAAAGGAGGCUGGGGAUCUCAACGGAGGUACCAUCCGGGGCAUUGCCAUCGUCAUUGCGAUAUUUCCAUGCUUGAUCCACGCCUUCUCUCGCCGGGGUGGUAUCUUGCUCAACAAUCUACUUGCAUUUAUCAAGGUAUUUAUGCUGAUCUUCAUGAUCAUUGCCACCUGGGCGGUUGCUGGUGCGCCGUCCGGGGUGAGAGGCAUAAAAGCCAACCUCGACAAGCCGAUUGAUGACCCCAACCCAACAGGGGGCAAAGCGCAUGCACAGGCCUUCCUAGCUAUCAUCUUCGCCUUUUCAGGGUUCAACCAACCAAACUACGUUCUGGGAGAGAUCAAGCACCCUCGAAAGACUUACCCUCGAUCCAUGUGGUGGGGUGUCAUCUUGGUGUCGACAUUAUAUAUGGCCGUCAACAUCUGCUAUAUGUUGAUCGUCCCAGCAAGUGAACAAGAGCAGGAAAAUGUGGCACAACAGUUUUUCUACAUCAUCUUCAACGCUUCUCCUGGCGACUCGAAGCGCUACGAAAUCAAGCGCGCUGUCAAUGCGUUCCUAGCCAUCUCAGCCUUCGGCAAUAUUGUCGUCAUGACAUACACGGCGGCACGUAUGAAGCAAGAGAUUGCCAAGCAGGGUUUCCUCCCCUUUACGAGCUUCUUUGGGAGGAACAGAGACGUCAGUCUUGGCAGGUUUCUCAUGUGGCUUCAAGGAGGAGAGCGUAAACCCACAGACCAACCCGCCGAGAACAGACACCAGGAUACUCAAAAGUUCACUGGUAGUCGGAAACCACGCAACCGGUUCUUCAAGUUUCUCAAUCCUUCCAACCACCUAGAGGAGACGCCUGUAGGUGCCCUCGUCCUCCAUUUUACCAGCUGUAUCGUCCUCAUUCUAGCCACGUACAACACUUCACCAAGCAACGCCUACGCCAUUCUUUCUGGGCUUGUUGCUUAUUUGACAUCAGCAUUUUUUGGCUUCGUUCUUUCCCUUGGCAUUCUAAUUCUACAUUUCCGUGGUCCGCCAACAACGCAACCAACCUUGACACUCCGACACCAUGAAGUCCCCAAUCAGGGUCCUGUGCAAAGAAGCUGGGCUCAGAUGAUUCAAAGGUCUGUGAAUCCGAAGUUAAGUAUCGUUUGUGGUUUCCUCUAUCUAGUUGGGAACCUCUACCCAAUCAUCACAGUCUGGGUCCCAUCAAAGCUUUUUAGCCAGGAAUCCCUAGACUGGUGGAAAGUGCCGGUUAUUUCAUGGUGCAUACUGGGGUUCUCAGGCCUCUGGUUCCUCGGCUUUAUAGGCGUGGUCAAAUAUAAGUACCACACCAGCCGCCGCAAGUUCGUCUACUUGUCUGAGCCUAAAUUUGGUCCAGCUGAGAAUUCUGAGAAUCGGCAUAUGUCCGCUAGCUGUGAUGAUUUAUCCGUUGGUGAGGGCGCUUCGAGGAGCGGUCACGGAGGGCUUAUUCUUCUUCACGAAACUAUCUACAGAGGGUGGGAAGGUAUUGAGACGGACCAAAUGGUCAGCUGUAUAGAUGAUACGGCAGAUGUCGUCAUAAACCCAGCCCAGCCGAUGCCGGUGCAUGGAAGUGAAAAACGACGGCCAGUUGAUCCGCCAGUCGAUUUGUAUGAGGACACGGAUUUUCCAGAAUUUUCGCAGAACAGAGCUCCAGUUCAGGAACCAGAAACAGUGUAUGAUUCAGUACGAGAUCAUCGAAACGGAGCGGGACAGGGUCGGCACUAG